AUGGACCUCACCCUCGGUCUGUGUUGGAGCGUGCAGCUCUUGGGCUCCUUGGUCGCGCUGGGGGUACCCGCUGCCAAGUACAACAUGUGCAACCUUUAUGGCGACUUUUUGGGUGAUUGGACUCAAUAUCACUUGCAGGCCCUGAUCGAGGCCUUGGAGGACGACGACAGCAACCCACACAAGCUGACCGCAGCCAAACGAUCUCGGCUGCGCCGCCUGCGCGACCAGCUACACAAUGGGGGCAUCUCGCUUCCGCCUACCCCUGAACCCGCUGCGCGGGUCUUAGAUACCGAUGGCGGCGAGCCUGGCGUGUGA